AUGGAAAUUAGUGAAGCAACUACGAUUGUGGCGAACCUGCAGAAGACCAAAGACACUAAAACUUUAAUACAGCUCUUGGAAGUUCUUAAGGAGAAAGUGGUGCCGACCGAGAAGUUUUUGAGAAAGACAAAAGUGGGAAUUGCGGUGAACAGACUUAGAUCGAACUCAGAUCCGGCAGUUUCAGCUCUGGUGAAAAAAAUUAUCAAGUCAUGGAAAGAUGAAGUUUUCAAAGAGAAAAGAAAAAAGCAUCAGAAGCAAGCGGCCCAGAGCCAUGCCUCGGAAGACAAGAGCGUGAAAGUGGAAAGUGUGAAAAACGAGGAGAAUAAUGAACAAAAGAGCAAGGAGAAGUUUGUAUCGACAAAGAGAAGAAAUCCAGCAAAUGAUGGAGUGAAAAUUAAUUUCUACGACAACUCGACGAGAAACGGAUGUAUCUCGGGUUUGUACACUGCCUUGGCAAUGGGAUCAACUGCACAGCCGGAUGAUAUAGUGGGGGUUGCGAAGGAGGUGGAAAAAUGUGCAUUUGAGAUGCACAAGGGUAAGAUUGACGACAAGUAUCGUAACAAGACUAGAUCUUUGAUUAUGAAUCUUCGGAACAAGAAGAACCCGGAGCUUCGGGAGAAGAUUCUCAGCCGAGAGCUAAAGGCAUCACGAUUUGUCUAUAUGACGAACCAGGAGCUUGCACCGGAGUCGUUGAAGAAAGAAAUGGCCGAUAUGCAUCAGAAGAAUUUGUUUGAGGCCCAGGGAGCCGUUCAAAAAAGAGCCGUUACCGAUAGAUUUGUUUGCGGUAGAUGCAAACAAAGGGAGGUGAGCUACUACCAAAUGCAGACGCGUUCGGCCGAUGAGCCGCUCACGACAUUCUGCACAUGUGAGAAGUGUGGAUACAGAUGGAAGUUCUGUUAA